UCAUCGCUCCCUUCACUGAAUCAGCCGAGGCCCCCACCCCACUCUGGGUUAAGCAUAGCAAGUCCUCUGCCUUCAGGAAACCAAUGCGGGCCUGGGUCCACUCAGCUCCUGUCCUCCUGUCUACUGCUGUGCAGAGAAUGUGGAUCAACUACUCCUCACUUACCGGCAUACGUCUUUGCAGAGUUUGAUGGGGCGCCGGGCGGAUGACAGCGGGAACGGUUGUGAUCACUGGCGGAAUCCUAGCUACAGUGAUCCUCCUCUGUAUCAUUGCUGUCCUGUGCUACUGUAGGCUCCAGUAUUACUGCUGCAAGAAGGGCACAGAUGACGAGGAUGCUGAAGAGGAAGAGGAAGAGGAGGAACAUGACCUUUCCAUCCAUCCCCGAGCCCCCACCUGCAAUGCCUGCAGCACCCAAGUCCUGGAUGGCAGAGGCAACCUGGCACCUCUCACCAGCGAGUCCUGCAGCCAGCCGUGUGGGGUGGCCAGCCACUAUACCACUUGCUCCCCUUACCGCACCCCCUUUUACAUACGGACAGCUGACAUGGUGCCCAAUGGGGGUGGAGGCGAGAGGCUCUCCUUUGCCCCUACACACUUCAAAGAGGGGGGAACUCCGUCCCUCAAAUUGGCUGCACCCCAGAGUUACCCGGUGACUUGGCCAAGUUCUGGGCAUGAGGCCUUCACCAAUCCAAGGGCUAUUAGUACAGAUGUGUAAUCCUUUCACCCUGAUCUGCACACACCCAACACUGCUGUCCCAGCAGGAGCAAUGGAGUGGUGGAGGGGACCCUCCAAUACACCACCACCACCCCGGAACCAUUUCAGUUUUUCUGGCUUCCAUAGCAGAGGUUCAAUACGAUGUAAACUAUUAAAUGUGUGAGGACCAGGGCAGGACCUGUCUCCAGCCCUGUGGCCCAGAGGUGGGGACCUGAUAAGUCUGCAAUGUCACCAGUUUCUCUCUGGGGAUUUUCUCUCUGACAGUGAAGCUCUAUAUGCCCCCUUCCAAUCAGCCCAAACCCUUUGCUUUCAUGGACUGCAUAAAGAUGCACCAGGGAAAGCUAAGCAAAGGUUAGGAAGGCUUCCAGAGACCGAGGGACGUGAGGUGGACAUACCUAGAAGAAACGGACACUAAGGGAACCGUGAGGACUAGACAUCCCAGAACUGACAGGAGAGAGGAAAAGGUGUUAACAGAGCCCCUUGGAGUUUGCUUGCUGGAAUGCACUCGUGAGUUUAUACUCUGUUUUUUACUUGGGUUGUCUGCUCUGAUAGGGAUAUUGAGUUCUGGAAACACCACAUCUGCUAUCUAGUCCCUCCUCACGAAACACAUCAAACUGAUGCUAAGUCCUACAGCACAUGGCUGCUUAUGGGGACAAUAGCAAGAGGAGUCUGUAACUUUGUCUCCUCUUCAAGUCCUUUCUUACUCCCCCUGCUAGAGAAACUUUUCCAGGUUUUAAUCACUAUAGUUCUAGAAGCCCAGUGAACAGAUAGAUCUCACUGAUUGUCCCUAUUCCUCCAUGCUUAGUCACAUAUGUAGACUCACCCCCCCCCCCAGGGUAUGUGGAUGCCUAUUGCUGGAGUUGGGGCGGUUCCCACUCCUAGUCAUCACUACCAACAGCCAAAUGGCUUUGACUCCUUCAGGAGUUGCAGAGCAGAAAGGUCCAGGGUACCAACAAGUAAGAAAAAUCUGACCCUCUAGCAACUGGACCCAAAAGCAUUUAAAGUGGCCAGUCUCCAUGGCAACCAGAAGAAGGGACAGUUAAGUUCCCACACACCUGCAUAAGCUCCUCUAAGAGGCUGGUGCAUCCCAAGAGCAUCCAUCUGUGAUGUGACAUUAUGAACAGGACCAUUUUAUCCCAUCAGGGGCUGUGGCCUUCUCUUCUGAGUUCUGGGGUGUGGGGGGGGGUUCUCCUGAAGAUUGGCUGUGUCUUGGUAAUUAGAUUCUAAGCUUACUUGCCCUCCUUUGGCCUCUUACUCUCCAGUCUCACGACGAUAAGCUAUUUUGCUGUCUUACUCUAGUCUCAAGUCCCAUCACCUCCCACUUUUCAUCUAGCAGUGGCCUUAUGGGUUUUUGUUAUUGUUUGUUUGUUUUGCUUUGCUUAGUUUAGUUUUAGUUUUUUUUUUUUUUUUUAAGUAAGUAUUGUCUAUAAGUUCUCCAGUUACCUCUGUGGUUCAAGGGUCACUCUCCCACUUCUAAGCGUGUAAUUAAUGCCUGCAUAUUCAAGAGACACAGAAUCCUAUGAGGGGUGGGCUGGUUGUUCUCCUGAAAUUUUGUUGGUUGGUUGCUUGGUUGGUCAGUCCGACAAAGAGCAGGAUGCACCUCACAUCUCCAACUGUAAAUAGCGAGCACAGGGUUAAGAAGCAGAAGACACUCUGCUCACAUUCUGUCCACUCCUUAGCCCCGGGCACCAGUCAGCUGUCUUCACUGAGACAUCUGUUGUUCUCCAGGAAAGCAAAGCUUUGCCUAGACCGGACUCUAAAUAUCCCUUAAUAUUUCACAAAUCCAAGACUUCUUAGACCUGCUAGUCAGACUUUCCUCUUGCCUUCAUCCUAACCAGGGCUGUGUGGACUUUCCAGCUGACUGAUUCUGGGUUCAGGGACAUUUGUUGUGGGCUGGAACCCUCAAAAGGGGUGCUGGGAGGAACUCAGACAAUUAGAAGACAAAAUCAUCUCAAUUGUUGGUGAGAAGCAAACAAGUCGGAUUAAGGCUCAGUGGACAGAGCUCUUGCCAGGUCUGCACAAAGCCCAGGGCUCAGUCUCCAGCACUGCAUAAAACCCAGCAUGGUGGGCACACCUCUAAUACUCGGGAGGUAGAGGGAGGAAGGUAGGGUUGUUCAAGGUCAUCCUUGGCUACAUAAGAAGUUCAAGGUCAACCUGGGCUACCUUAGACACGCCCCCCUCAAAAAACAACAACAAAACAGUUGUUCAACCUCCUACUGAGCAAUCUCAAAAGGCCAGCACCUACUGGAAGCCACAGCAGGAGGGCUGGCAAUCUCCCUCUCCCGGUGCAGAGCCAUAACUCUGCAGCUCCUGUGCACCCAGUCCCACCAUCUGCUGCUCAUCCUGGGCCAUGUGCAGCCCCUUGACUUGCUGCUGGGCCUGGCAGCUCUCCCCACUUCCUCACCACCAGCCCAGUGCCUUGCUCUCCUGUGGUCCUACAGCUUCACACUAGAUAACAAUGCUGUCAUAUCAUACCAAUGCCUUUGGGUAAACCAAGAGAACCCAGCCAACUGUAAGCCACUUUUAUACUAGGGGCUCUGGGUAUAAAGCACUCUUUGCCUUUGUGUCUCCUGUAGCUUUCUCAGCCACAAGUCAAAAUCUGGAUCCCAGGUGUCAGAGGGGAGGGGGAACACACACGGCCCUUCAGCCCACAUCGUUCAAGGCACAUGCUCCACCCUAGGCUGCAGGUCACCUGCCCCCCUGACUCUUCACUGUCACAUCGUAAGCUCCAUCCUGAGGACGAGAAGGUUCACCCAACUCGGCUAUUCUGUCCCUUUAGCCGUUGAGUCUGUACCAUGAGACACAAUUUGUACACUCUUCAAACUGAACCCUAAACAGGCAGAGGAGGAAUCGGGGGCCCAGGGAACAGCCAGUCCUCUUCAUCCUUCUCCACACCACUCCACUUCUCCUGCUGCAGAUUUCUUGUCUUGUUGUAACUUUGAUAACUUGGAACACAACCAAGCGAAUGUCAAAAUAAAGGAGAAAUUUUAAGU